CUAGCAUGCAUCUCUAUCCUCUGCUUCUUGCUUUUGUGCUCCAUCGUCACCAUUAUUCGCUUUACUCCUCUUUAUAUUCCACACGUCUCUCUCUCACUCUGUCAUCCACAUCCUUCGUCCCUUGUUCAAUUUUCUUCGUCCUCACUGUAAGUUCUUGUUCUUAUUUUAACCUUUAGCAUUCAACAGUUCCGAACCCAGCUCGUAUCGUUCCUGAUAUGGCUGCAAAAAGUAUCAGGGGAGAGCAUGAAGCUUCUAAUUCUGAGAAGAAAGAAGAUGAUGAGCCAUCAACAGCAACAGCAGAGGAAGAAGAAGAUGAAGAAGCAUUGUCGUUGUGUGAUCUUCCUGACAAUUUGAACAAAGAAGAGGACCAAGCAAGGAAAGCAGAUUCCUCUCAACAACCCGUUGAGGCUCAAGAGGAAUUUGAUUUCCUCUUAUGGGGUGGUCCCUUUUCCAAAGAAUCGGAAAUGUGUGUUGCAGAUGAAGUAUUCUUCCAAGGACAAAUCCUCCCUUUACGUAAAUCCUUCAGCUCCGAUGCUUCUCGGUUACUACCAGCCGGGUUCAACCGGUCCGAAUCAUCGAGAUCCGGCUCUGUGACGAGCGAGUUUAGAAGCAGUACCAGUAGAAGCAGCAGUAUUGGAAGCCAGAAUUCAUCAAGUAGCAUUAGCUCCACCAACAGCAUUACAAAUCCAGAAAUCUCCAAACCCAGACCUCGAAAUCAGUUUCACACGCAUCCAAGUCCAAGGCCUCAAUUAAAGGCAUCAAAUUCAAGACAAGUAAGCUUCUGUCAUUUGAAUAGAAAAUCAAAAUCAUCAGCCUGGGACUUUUUCCGUUUGGGUGUAGCUCCGGCACCGGAAAUAGGAUUGCAAGAUCUUAAAGUUCGUUGUACCAAUAAAUCUUCUGUAAGUCGCAAUAGCAGUAACAGUAGCAGCGACAGGAGUAAUCAUAGUUUCAGACAGACUGCAGCGGGGAAAGGCAGUGGAUUCUUGAGAGGUUGCAAGUGUUCGGUUGAAACGGUGCCGUUCGACAUUAUGAUUACGAAAAACGCCAAGAAGACAGAAAGUACAACGCACGCCAUGAAAGAAAAAGCGAAGCAGAAGCAGAGGAGGAAGGCAAUGUCACGUCAUCGAACGUUUGAAUGGAUAAAGGAGCUUUCGCAUGCAAGCCAGGGCUACAACGAAGAGGAAGCUUUGCUAGCAAACUCAUGACAUUAUAUAAUAAUAUUGUUAUUAUGUAAUUGAACCUAGUUUAUGGGCUGCCUUUGUGGCGUUUGGUUUCUUUAAUUUGAAUUAUUCUAUAAUAUUGUAGGGUUGGCUCAGUGAUCAAGAUCUGUCUCUCACA